CGACAGCUGUCUUGUACAUACCCAGGCGGCACCAUGGAGGGGCGCAGAGCCGGAGGAUGUCACAGGAGCAAGGACGCAGCAGCGGCCAGCCGGGAACCCCGGAGUCCGGGGAGCCCAGGCCCGAUCAGGGCCUGAUGGAGUGGGGCCGGGCCCGCCAGGUCUAUCUGGUGACGGGCGGCUGCGGGUUCCUGGGCUCCCACCUGGUGCGGAUGCUGGUGGAGCGGUCGCCCAACGUGGCCGAGGUGCGCGUCUUCGAUCUGCAGCUGGAUCCGGCCCUGGGGCAGCUGGGGACAGACAAGGUGAAGGUGACCCUGAUCUUGGGGGACAUCAGUAGCCCCACGGACGUUGGGGCUGCCGUGCAGGGGGCGGACGUGGUGAUCCACGCAGCCAGCUUGGUGGACGUGUGGGGCAGGGUCCCGCCCGAGAAGAUCACGGAGGUGAACGUUCACGGGACCAAGAACGUGAUUGACGCCUGUGUCGAGCAUGGGACCCAGUAUCUGAUCUACACCAGCAGCAUGGAGGUUGUAGGCCCCAACACCAAGGGGGAUCCCUUCUACAGGGGGAACGAGGACUCGGCCUACAAUGCCCAGCACGAGCAGCCGUACCCCCUGAGCAAGGCGCAGGCCGAGCGCAUGGUCAUCGAGGCCAACGGGACGCCGCUGGGGGGCGGUCGGUGGCUGGUGACCUGCGCCCUGCGCCCCACGGGGAUCUAUGGGGAGAAACACCCGCUAAUGAAGGAAUUCUACGAGAAGGGGCUGCAGACGGGACGCAGGCUGCUCCGGGCCAUUCCCGUCAGCACCGAGCACGGCCGGGUCUACGUGGGCAACGUGGCCUGGAUGCACGUGCUGGUGGCGCGGCAGAUGCAGGAGGCCCCGGCGGCCAUCGGGGGCCAGGUCUACUUCUGCUACGACGCCUCCCCCUACAAGAGCUACGAGGACUUUAACAUGGAGAUCCUGGCCUCCUGCGGCUUCCGCCUCCUGGGCUCCCAGCCCGUCGUGCCCCACUGGCUCCUGCGCUGCCUGGCCCUGGCCAACGACCUCCUCCGGCGGCUUCUCCGGCCCUUCUUUUCCUACGCCCCCCUGCUGAACCCAUACACCCUGGCCGUGGCCAGCACCACCUUCACGGUGCAGACGGACAAGGCCCAGCGCCACUUCGGCUACCAGCCCCUCUACAGCUGGGAGGAGAGCCGAGCCCGCACGGUGGCCUGGCUCCAGGAGGUCGACGCCCAGAGAGAGGCGGGGAAGUAGGGCAGGUGGGGGACGGAGCAGCUGGGCCUUGGUUCCAGCCGGCGUCUUUCUUUGCAAUGAAUCCGGCUCCGGAGAGAGGGAUCCAGAUCCAGGUGUUGUUCCAACCCGCCAGUGCCGGGGGAAUGUGGGAAUCCAGAUCCGGAUUUUGCUCUGAUCCUACCUCCAGCCUUCCAGUGAAUCUGGCUCCAUGGAGAUGGAUUCCAGAUCCGGGUUUUGCUUCCAGCCUCUGCCCCUCAGCGCAGAGGAAUUUGCCAGUCCAGGUCUUGUCUCAUCCCAGCACACAGCGGCCUCGGUUACCUUGGGAUCCAGAUCCGUGUCCCCGCCCCGCCCCCCCCCCCCUGUGCAUUCCUGCAGACCAUCCCGCGCUGAUCGCAAAUGGAUCCGGAUCUGGGUUUUGUUACCAUCCUGGUGCUUUGGUCCAGAUCCCCAGCGCACUUCUGGGGAGGAACCAACUCUACUGUCACGGGAUCUGGACCUGCAGCCCCCCCACCCCCCCCAGCCCCAUGUCAUCGCAGAGG